AUGUCAUUCGGAGCCAUGCUCUAUCCGUUGUCACUUUCUCUCUUACUCCCUGUCUUUUUGUAUGCAAUAGUCCUGGAGAAGGAGGAGAGACUCUUGCAGAUGAUGAAAAUGAAUGGAAUGAAAAUGAAGGAUUAUUGGAUAUUGAUUGAUGACUCUAUUAACCUGUCUCCCUCUUCCUCUUCACAGGCAUAUACCUGGUAGGAAUAUCAUUGCUUACAGAUACUAAUUUCAAACUUCUUGUAAUCAUUUUCAAUAUCUUAUUAGGUCAUUGUCUUAACUGGAUGGGGAUUGUGCUAGAUUUCAUUGUCGUUUUUCUUCCAAGUCUUUGUAAGCAAAGCCAGAACAGCUACCAUUAUUGGAUAUUUGCUCUCAGUUUGGGGGUCCAUUAUUGCACUAACUGCCAAUCUCGCCAUUUAUCCAGAUCCCUAUGAGAUACCAAUCUAUUUAUAAAUGAUACCCCAAAUAGCCUUCAACAGAAUUGUCUACAUCUUCUCAAUGGCUUGCGCUCAAACAGGUUGCAUAAGUUAAUUAAGUCCUUUGACUAGUGAGAUAUAAGGAUGCAUAAUUUCACUCUAUGUAAAUUUCAUUGUAUUUGGCCUUCUGGGUGUUUAUCUUCAUGAGAUAAUUCCACAAGAAUUUGGAGUUUCAAGUGAGCCUUGGAUUUUUAGAUUCUUCAAAAAGAGAAAAAUAGAAUUCAGAGAUGAGGAUGAAUACAAAAUCAAUAUUCAAGAUGCUCAAGAAGAUUAAGACUCUAAAAACGAAAGGGAAAAGGUGUACAAAAUCAAAAACUAUGAGGAUUAUCCACUCAUUUGUAAGGACUUGAGGAAAACCUAUUAAAAUAACGUGGCUGUUAAAUGUUUUUGUAUUGCAGUUGAAUAAGGUGAAAUCUUUGGAUUGUUGGGUCCAAAUGGAGCUGGAAAAACAUCUAUUUUAUCAGCCAUAACUGGGUUGUAUUCAUGUAAUGAUGGCGAAGCUUAUGUGGGUGGAUAUAGCAUUAAAACUAAUAUGCAGUCUGUUCAGAUGAAUAUUGGGGUAUGUCCUUAAUUUGAUUUAUUAUGGCCAGAAUUGACUGUUGAAGAACACUUACUGUCUUAUGCUAGAUUAAAAGGAAUAGACAAACAGAACGAGCGUGCCAAAGUGCAAUAGAGCAUGGCAGAAGUCAAAUUAGAACCUUAUUUCAACUAUUAUGCAAAUCAACUAUCAGGUGGCAUGAAGAGAAGACUCUCAAUAGCUAUUGCACUCGUAGGUGAACCAUUGAUAAUAUUCCUGGAUGAACCCUCAACUGGAUUAGAUCCUGAUAAUAGAAGGCAACUUUGGGACAUUAUAUCUCAAUGUAAAGGCAAAAGAGCCAUGGUGCUUACUACUCACUCAAUGGAAGAAGCAGAUGUUCUUUGUACUAGAAUUGGCAUCAUAAGUUCUGGAGUCCUUAGAUGCAUUGGCUAAUCAACACACUUAAAGAGUAUCUAUGGAGGUGGUUAUCAUCUGUUCAUUAGCUCCCAUAAGGAACUUUAUCUUUAAAAGAAUAAUGAUCCUCAUAACCAAUACUAUUAUUAAAAUAUGAUAAAAAGCUAUUUAAAAAGUAUUUUACCCCAAGCCCUUCUUGUGUAAGAAUUUAAUGGUAACUUCAUCUACCAAGUGGAGAAAAAUUAAUUAGUAGUUUCUGAAGUUUUUCAGUCCAUAGAAUCGAAGAAAGAAGAACUGAGAAUCUAAGAUUGGGGAAUAAGCUAAGCUACUUUGGAGGACGUAUUUAUGAGAGUUGUAGAAAUGUGA